UAAAUUGACCAAAAAAGAUUUCUUUAUCCCUUUCUUCCCUCCGUCAUCACGCGGAAAAUCCGAGUAAAAUUGGGCGACAGAUGAGAAACAAGCUCGUGGGGGCACCGAUUGAGAGGCCGCAUCGCCAGAUUUGGACCGGGUCGGGUCAUGUUUGAGACCAACUUAAUCGGCUUCGGGCUCGCCGUCGGCUCCAGCGUCUUUAUUGGCUCGAGCUUCAUCAUCAAGAAGAAGGGCUUGCAGAGGGCCGGAGCCUCCGGCGCUCGCGCUGGUUCGGGAGGAUAUGGAUACUUGCAAGAACCACUCUGGUGGAUUGGCAUGUUCACUAUGGUUAUUGGAGAAUUUGCCAAUUUUGUAGCUUACAUGUAUGCUCCUGCAGUCCUCGUCACCCCACUUGGAGCAUUGAGUAUAAUAGUAAGUGCUAUUUUAGCUCAUUUCUUACUCAAAGAGAAACUAGGGAAGUUAGGAAUAUUGGGAUGUGUUUUGUGUAUGGUGGGUUCCACUAUUAUAGUGCUCCAUGCACCGGGUGAACAUGACAUUAGCUCGGUAGAUCAAAUCUGGGAACUAGCAACACAGCCAACUUUUCUUCUGUACAUAGCUUCAGCAGUGGCAGUGGUGUUGGUACUUGUCUUGUAUUGUGAACCACGCUAUGGGCAAACAAAUAUAAUGGUGUACAUUGGUGUUUGCUCUAUCAUUGGAUCUGUAACCGUUAUGAGCAUCAAAGCUGUAGGUAUAGCGAUAAAACUCACGCUGGAGGGCUAUAGUCAGAUCGCCCACUUGCAGUCAUGGAUAUUUGCCACGGUUUCAGCUUCUUGUAUAAUCACUCAGUUAAUCUAUUUAAACAAGGCUUUGGACACAUUUAACACGGCCGUGGUUUCUCCAAUUUAUUAUGCCAUGUUCACGUCGCUUACAAUCUUUGCUAGUGCCAUCAUGUUCAAGGACUGGGCCGGUGAGGGUGCUAGCGACAUCGUCUCUGUUCUCUGUGGAUUUAUCACCCUGCUUUCUGGUACUAUGGUUUUGCACGGUACAAGAGAUCCUGAAAAGCUUCCAUCUGCAGACUAUUCCGCGCUUCCUCAAAUAUCAUGGGUCGUGCAUUCAAACGGCGAGAUAUGGAAACAGAAAGAGAAUGAUGAAUUGCAUGGGGAGUUUGUAGCAAUCAUCCAUCAAGACCAUUUCAAGUGAGGUAAACGCUGUAUUAUUAUUCCCUAGCUUACUGGUGGUUCGUGCAAAUGGCCGUGCUAUUUUUGCUGUGAGCAUGUUCAUGUUGAUUUCCUGUAAGCUCUUUGGUUGAGUGGUGUGUUAGGACUUAGGCGUAGUUUGCAACAGUUUGUAAUGUUUAUAGGAGUGCGUAGUUCGUUUGCCCCGACACACAUACGACGCCAGAGCCAUUUUUGAGCUCUCCAUAGAUGUUGAUAUUCUUUGCUCAUUAGUUACUCAGAGAAGGGCCACAUUCGAUUUGUAAAUGAUUGUUUUUCACUGGUAUUGCUUUCAUCAUUCUGUAUUCUUGUAA